UCCAUGACGACAUCAAAACAAUUGAUUGAGCAUUGAGCAACAGGACGAGACGACCGUCGAUGUGUUCGCACCAUAAAACGUUUGAUUUCAGGUUUAAAAACUCUUUCUUUCAUACAUCAGAGUUCAUUUAAAGAAUAUAUACCCCUUUGAGGAUUUCUUGGAGACAAAAUAUCACGAUGGAUUCGGAAGGGCUUCAUUUAAACAUCAGUUAUGUUGGAUCCUGUGGCACUGUGCUGAGCGCAGAACAGAGCGCUGCACUGCAGACAUCGCUCGUUAUCCUCCAAAAUAACUACAAAUUUAGCCGUGUCUUCUUUUGGGGGAAAAUCAUGGGCAUAAAGGGUGACUACUUUAUUGCCCAAGGAUGUGGAAACGACGAAAUGGUCGACAGAAAAACCCUUUACAGUCUUGACUGUGUUACAUGGGGCCUUCUACCACAAGCUACUCAAGCAAUUCGGGACCAGUGUUCAGUGGUAAAAGGCCGCUUCAUUGGAGAUCCAUCACACGAGUAUGAACACAUAGAGAUCCAGAAGUUAGGAGAAGGAGAAGAUGCUACAGAGGAAGAAAAUACGAUAAUGAUCAAGGAAGAAGAUCGUCUUGCAGCAGUGAUCGCAAAGAUUGAUGAGGAGGUAGCCAUCGUUCCAAGAGGAGCCUACGCAAGGAACCCUAAUAACCUUGUUUGUAAAAAUCGAAGCUUUGAAGGACUCUCUGUCACUGAGGCGGGGAAGCUUCACAACUACUUCCACUUCCGAGAGGCAGUCCGAUUGAAUGAGAAGACUCUAUUAGAGAAAGCUGACCUUGAUAAAUCAAUAGACUUUCUAGAUGCUAUCCAUGAAGACAUUCCAAGAGGCGGUUCCUGGUCAUUGGACUUUGCACGUGGGAGUGGACUGGUGAUCAUACGCAGUCUUCUUUGGCCUGGGUUGAGUUUCUAUCAUGUGCCAAGCUCAACAAAGUUUGGUUAUAUCUACAGUGGUACAGGAGAACAGAACAAAGAUCUUCCUUUCAUGCUUUGAGUCAGAUUCUUGUCUUGAGUUGACUCUUUACAAAUCAGUAAGGAAGCCCCAAAACCAAGCAACUUUUCUGCAUGUUUUGAAUUCAACCCUUUACCGCAGGAGAGCUCUUAAUGAUACAUGUUAAGCAAUUUUAUUUCAUGUACAUGUAUUUUACAGAGUUUUUAUCUUAACAAAUAACUUAUAUUCAUGAUGUCAGAGGGAGGAUAGAAAUGACUUUAGAAAUUUGGAGUUGAAGAGUUAUGGAGAUCCAUGAAAAAUUACUUCCCUGAUGCAGCUAACAAAGCAUGUAUAUUUACCACAUGUAUACAAAUUUAUGCUGUGGUCAUUCAUUUCUAAACUUUUCAUUGUACUUUGGAAAGGGUCAAAAGAUUUUACUGUACCACACUUUAUUUGUGUGUAUUAAAACAGCAUUUUGUUUGUCCAAUUUCAAGUCAAAGAAUAAUUGUAUUUUGGUUUAUAGGGGAAUUUCAGCCAAGGUGUUAUGUCAUCUAGAAAAAAAAUUUGAUUGGUCAUGUUAAGGCCUUUUGUGUCAGAUUUUUAACAAACUCUUUAAUUGAAAAUAUGACAUCUUGACAAUUUUGUCUGUAAUAUAUUACAGCCAUUUCAUCCUUCAUUUAUUAUGUAAAUAUGUAAAUAAACUUGAUGAGAGGUACAUUUUAUUAUCAGUGUGAGAUGUUGGUCAUUCUUCUCAGCAUAUUAUUUAUUGCCUGGAUAAUAAAUAAUAUCCAUGUCCCAUGUGAAGCACAUAGCAAUGUUUUAUGGUAUGUGCUAUACAAUAACUGAGUAUUAUUAUUAUGAUUGUUAUUGUGUCUUCUACCAUUUUCAUCAAAAUGUCAUGUCAGCGUUCGUUUUGAAAUUAAAUAUUUGAUGUCUCUAAAAAAUAUAUACGGUUGAGGCCAAGAAUUUACACCCAUGGAAUUCAGAGAAAUUUGUUCACUUGCCUUCAGAAAUAUAAAUAUUACCAUGGCGAAUUUGGUAUCACAUGAAAGAGCUUAUUAGGUUCUUUCAUAUGAUUGGGAUGCCGUUGGGAUUAAAGUAUAUUUCAGGUGGAAUUAUCUUUGAAGAAAAAAGUAUUAUUCAUACCAAAUAUAUUCUAUUUUUUGUUAUAUUUUCACACUUUGUUUAUUGAAAUAUGUAAAUGUCAAAUCUGAUUUAUACAUUACAUUUUCCAUCAUGACAUGUCACCACUGAUCAAAAAAGAGUAAUCUGAAAUGUUUGUGUUGAGAAGUAAAUAGCACAAAUAUGAAAUGUUUUUGUCAAUUUUUUAUUUUUAAAUAUUUCUAAAAUAUGAAGAUUUUUUUGGGGAAAAUGACACCUAAAUAUUUUUCAGCUUCUGAUGACAAAGCAAUAUGAUGAAGGGGCAUGACAUACUCAUUUGUUUGACAUCAAAUUUGUCAUAGCACUAAUAAUUUUUAAGAUGGAGUCAAUUUUAUUAUGUUUGGCAAGUGUUCACUUUUCUUUGAAUUUCCUGGUGUACAUGGAUGUAAACUUCUGGCCUCAACUGUAUGUAUGUAUUUAUGCAUGAUUCACUUUGUUGAAAACACAUUCAUUCUUUAAUUGAUUUAUUAUACUAAAAGAAUAAAGAAUAUCUCUCACAAAAGAAAAACAACCUUAAUGGGGGGGGGGGGGGGGCAAAGGCACCUAUGAAAAGAAACAUUUUUUCAGUCUAUAUUUUCCACGAUUACUGAGGAAAUCAUAAAGGUGUAGUGGCCAUCCCCACUGUUAUAGUGCUGCCCCUGGAACCAAUUUUACAGCAAUCAUGAACAAUUAAGAAAUUGCAGUGUCUAACAUUGAUAUUACAUGACAUGUGUGCCAGCCGCAAGCUUGAAAUUUCAAGCAACAACUUUGAAGCUUUGUAACUGAUUUUAUUAAAAUUUUCAUAAAUUUUCCUCGUUUUAUUUUAAUAACCAGUUUAUCUUUAGAAUGGACAUUCCAUGUACUUGCAAACCAUUUCUGAAUUAUCUGUUUAUUGCAGGAUCAUCAAGUUCAUUUAAAUUGUCAGAAACCUUGAAUUUUUAUUCAUAAACAAUGUUUUAAGUAUUCCUCUAAAGGUAUGUGAAUGUUAUCUCAAUGUUACACAUGAAAGGUGACACAGUAAAGGCACGUAAUUGUUUUUUGAAAAGGUUGUCCAAUUAUUUAUUUGUUUGUUAAGGAUGUAUUCCUUUCUUGUAAUAAAUUACUUUAUCAAAAUA